AUGAGUGAACAGCAGUUGUCCGAAUACCGAAUGAAUUGGUGUCGGAAAUGGUUGAAGCGCGCAUCAGAGCUCAGAGAUCUUGAGAAAAGAGACCUGGCAUCGAGACCCCCGCAUGUGCAAAUGAACACCGCCUCCAAAAGGCUAUUGCUGACCGCCGAGAUCCUGCAGGAGAUAGGUUAUGAGGACCCUUUGUACAAGCCUUGCUUACAGCUGGAGCCGCCAAGAGGAACCUUUUGGAAGAGACGAGACUGGAGCUGGACAAGGGUUGGGCUGAGGGGCCUUUUGACCCCCUUCAACUGGCAGUUGGUGCUGUUAUUUCUCGAAGGUUUCCCUUGCGACAAGGACAGAAGAUCAGGCUCAUAG